AUGACUCCAGCUACCACCCGGAACCGGAUGAACAUGCUAAAAGAGGCAUACCAACAGUGCCAAGACCUGGACGCGAAAAUCGUCGCCAUGGCGGAUCUACAAGCCAGAUCAACUCUUCAGUACUUCGUCGACAACCAUUUCGAAAGAUGUGAGGAGUGCUAUCAGGAGUCCCUGGACUACAUGUCGGAGAUCCUGGAUAAGACAUCCUCGACCCAGGAGACAGCAUCCGAGAAAGGGAAUCUUCAACCAGUGAAGCUACGCUCGCAAUCGUUGCUGCCUCAAAUCCAGCUGCCGUCUUUUGAUGGAACCUUCGAACAAUGGGAGAGUUUCCGAGAUAAGUUUCAAUCUAUAGUAAUUAAUGAUAAUUCUUUGUCAAAUGUUGAGCGUUUGCAUUUUCUUUGUUCCGCUUUAACCGGCGACGCAAAAAAAGCGGUUAAUCAUUUACCUACCACCGAUGCAAAUUUCGAGGUCGCGUGGCAGUUAGUUAAAAAUAGAUACGAAAACAAACGCCGGUUACUUUCGACCUAUUUAAAUAAUUUGUUUUCGUUACCGCAAGUGACCUCUGAAUCUGCGAAAGAGCUCCGCAGUUUACGCGAUCAGUUAAACGUUUCGAUACACGGUUUGAAAAAUUUGAAACGACCCGUCGAACAUUGGGACGACGUAAUUGUUUUCCUCGGUACACAAAAACUUGACCGUUCCUCCCGAAAGGCGUGGGAGUUACAAUUCGGUGAUACAUCAGAAUUGUCUACUUAUGUCGAAUUCGACAAGUUUUUGGAGUCUCGAGUUCGGGCUUUAGAGUCAAUGUCGCCAAUAAAAACCGAUAAACCGGAAAACGUAACUGUUAAAUCAAAACCGAAAACAAUUUCAACGAACACGUCUACCGUGUCGCCAAUUAUAUGUCCUCUCGCAUCCGAGUGCACUCAUUGCAGGGUCGAACAGUACAAGCACGCGCAUUAUUGGAUCAAGGGUCAGUCGCAACUCUAA